UGACAGAAAUAUUUCCAGCAGUCUCUCUUAUGUUCAAAUUGAAGGAUAAGAACGUGUGUGUUGGACAGGAAAGUGUGUUGUGUUCAAAUUUUGGAGAAAACUUAAAAUGAUUGCUUGAGGUUUCACUUGGUAGGGCAGUACCCAGGUUGUCCUAAUAUAGCAGCUUCCACUGAGCACAGGACUUACUUUUAAAAAAGGCAAAGUGAAAAAUGUCAAAUUUCAGAAUAAAUUACAACCCAAUAAUUUAUUAAUAUAUUAUUAUUAAUAAUAUUUAUAGUAUAAUUAUAAAUUAUAACCUAAUGCAGGCAUGUGGAAAGGAAUGAGAUCCAACUUGGGGAACUGGUAGCAUUUGUUUUGCAGGAAACAGCAGCCUCCAAGGCCCGUUAUUAUGGACGAGGUACAAAUCUUAAUCAGGUGGUCAACUAGUUGAAUUAUUUCAAUUUAAAAAUGCAGUGGCAAAUAACCUAUAGGCUGGAAACUCAGCCAUUCACCAUUUUGGUUCAUUAAAAGAUAACAAGAAAGAGCCUCAGAUGACAGAUUGGUCAGCUUCAUGGGCAUGGCUGUUAAUACAGAUAUUGUUUCAUUCAGCUAACAUUUAUUCACUGUAGACCUUGAGUAAUUAAUUUCAAUGGGUCUGCUCUGAGGAAAAGUUAGCUGAGUGCAACUCAUAGCCAGAAUCUGUUCACUCAGAUCCACAGGAACAGCUGAGAUUUAAGAAAUGGGCAAAGAUCAGUGUUUUUGUUUUGUGCCAUUUCACCUCAAAAUAUGCAACUGCUUUCUGCAUUGUUCAUUAUGGGGCAUUUGUAGUUUUCUCAGUGGUCAUAGAUUUCACAUAAGUUAGCCAUACAGUUAAAAAUGUUUCAUUCAGUAUGUGGUAUUAAAUUUCACAUUCAGUAUGACAGAUACCUUAUUAAAGCCCCCUGUAAUGGGAAUUUUGUUGCCCAUUCUGAGCUCUUAUGAGAUCAUAAAAAUUAGGUGUUGGUAACUAGACAGUUAUUUUAAUACCUAGUACCUGAAAUUUCCCAAACAUAUGCUUUUAUAACGCUGUGAAAAUGUAGUGGGUGAUACUAGAAGGAAUGUUAGAUGACAGGUGACUUGAAAAUAUCAGAUACCUUAUGUUGAGGCAGCAAGGAUAGAAGACAUGCAAAUGCUGAGGAAGUCCUACAGACGUGGUGAACUUUCCUUUUGGAGGUUUUUAAGCAGAGGUUGGAUGGCCAUCUGUCACAGAUGAUCUAGCUAAUAUUCCUGCAUUGCAGGGGGUUGAUGAAUCACAGAGUUGGCAGGGACCCCAAAGGUCACCCAGUACCACCCCCUGCAAUCGCAGCUAAAGCAUCCAUGACAGAUGGCCAUCCAACCUCUGCUUAAAAACCUCCAAGAAAGGAGAGUCCACCAUCUCUCCUGGGAGUCUGUUCCACUACUGAACAGCUCUUACUGUCAGAAAGUUUUUCCAAAUGUUUAGUUGGAAUUUCCUUUCUUGCAACUUGAAGCCCUUGGUUCGAGUCCUACCAUCCAGAGCCGGAGAAAACAAGCAUGCUCCCUCUUCCAUGUGGCAGCCCUUAAGAUGACCCUCAAGGUCACUUCCAACUCUACAGUUCCAUGAUUCUAACAUCCAGUUUUCAGCUUUGUUUACUCCUAAAGCCUGAUCACACUUUCAGUAUUAAAAAUAGGCUUGCACAUUCUUUCCUUUGACAAAAACUUUCAUGCAACUGCUUUUAAAGAACUUCCUUUCUUGGUGUUAGAUAUACAAAAUAGCUAUAUGUUAACUUUUUAUAAAUUUGCAGCCAGAAAGCAAUGGAGAAAUAAUAUAUUUUAUAUUAUACCUUGUCUCCCUACUCCAGAAAGAUAGAUAUAUUUAUUUUUUACAAUAGGCAUACUACAAUAUCUGACUUUGAAAACUUUUGCUAUGUUCUUUUGAACCAAGACAGCAGCUGCCCAGAAGAUGAAGAAGUUAAUCUGCUCAAGCAAUUGCUGUAUCUUGUCAAGAAAACCACUUCAUAGAGAAAUGGUUAUAAUUUGAAUUGCUAAAUUACAUUUAGGACUGGCUGAAUAGUUAAAAUACAUGCAUUCACUAUUUGUUAUGAGGAAUUUUGUACUGUACAGUAGAUAGGAUCCAAUAAGCCUUUUUAUUGCAUAUACGUUUUGUUAUGAUUGUAUUGACACCAAGUCAUUGGGGCUAAAAACCUGAUUUCAGGAGAAUCUGAAUCUUGUUCCCAAAACCAACGUAUAUAUACAUUGAAGAAAUCUGGAUUAGAGUCCUUUAAGGUGGUUGAAACCUGUUUUUGUAUGCCUACAUUGCAGAAAACCUCCCAACUUGCAAGAAAUUGGGGUUCAGUGUCCCCAUAGCAAAUUUCACACCUUUGUGCAGAUAGAACUAAAUUGAAUGGGGCAAUCUGCACAUUUACUCAGAAGGAAUUCCAGGUGUGUUAAAUGGGACUUAUUCCCUAGUAAAUGCGCAUAGGAUCACAACCUUACUGGUAUAAAGUCUAGUCUAUACUUUCAUGCAACACUUCAUGGCUGUGCUCUGCUGUUCGGAUGCAGUUUUAGGAACAGGCCCCCACCCCCAUCUUUAAAGAUGUAUAUCUUAGAAGUCUGUGACAAAGAUGAGAAGAGUUGCUGUAGGUGUGUCUGAGAGUUUGGGCAUGCCCAAUUUCAAUUUUACUGUUUCUUUAAAUAGUAGGUCCGUGGCUCAAACAAACCAAAAUCCCCACCUUGGACAAUGCGAAGUCGGGGAUUGUGGUUUCUUGCUGUUGAAAGUGGGACGUCUCUGUCUGUUCACAGUAAACCAUGAAUUGUGGUUUAUUGUGAUGUGUGAAUGCAGCCAGUGUGUUCUGAGAGAGUUUGAGGGUUUUUUUUAAAGCCUUAAAAGUGUGCUUUGUUAAAAACAGGGGGGAAAGGCAGACGGUUUUGUACUUACCCCUGCCAGCAUGGAGACAUUUCCAGUUAGCAAUGUAACUGGCUAGACUUGCUCUUGAAUAUUCUGAAGGCUUUUCCCAGUGAGCAAGAUAGUUAGUUCCAAGAUAGGAGCAGUGUGAUGAUGUUCAGUUGGUGCAUGAUGCUGAAAUUGUCUUGCAUGGGUUUCAUCAAAUCUUCAUAGGCAUUUUUAACACCCAAGGCUUCCGCAGAUCCUGUCCAUUAAGCUUUGUCUGAAAUUAAGCCAAGUCUGAAUUCAGAGGAGAUAAGAAAACUGUGCUUAAUCCAUUUGUUCUGGAUUUGAAGGGAGGGUAGAGGGGGAAAUCUGCCUGGCCACCCCUCCCCACAUGCUGAUAAAAGCACAGGAAAGGAAAAAGCCACAUCUGUCAGUCAGAAAAUGAUCAGCACCAUCAAAAUGAUGCCCUACAGGUUUUCUGCCAAAGGAAAACUAACAAGACAUGGGGAGGUCCUCUGAAUGGGUUAGGGUGGGACUUUAUCAGCCAGGGGGCAGAGCCAGACGACUCUCGCUGUUCCUGUCCUUGGAUUAUGCCAUAUGGAGCAGAGGAAAGCGCCAAGGGAGAGAAAAAACACCCUGCAACAGGAGAGGAAUCCUGGUAACAGGUGACAGACUGGCUGCACAAAGCGGUGUUGUUCCACAAUAAUGUUUGACUUCUUACUGGGUGGCUGGAGAAUGCCAAAGGCAGAGAAGAUAUACAAUACCUUUUAUAAUUUUAAAUAUUGAUCAAGGUGAGCAAUACACCUACUUCAUUACAGAAUGUCUUACGGUAAUGGUGAAACUGGUGGGCACCCAAUGUAUAACCUUUGCAGUAGAGUUCAGCAUUCUGACUCCCAAGUGGGGAACCUGAAUGGACACAGGAAGUCUGCAACCUUUUUGGAAGUGCGAGCAAACUUAAACAAUAUGCAGUACUCUUCUGUGGCACUUGAUCCUGAUUCUUUGGUGACUAAUGGAUCAAAAAUUUAUUCGAACUCUGAAGAAGAAAAUCCACAUGAUCCUGCUUUCCAGAUAAACACCGAAUCCAUGACAGGAAGUGAGGUACACCGGGCCUACCCUACAAAAUGCUUUUAUGGCCCAUACUUAACCAAAACUAGUAUGCAGGGAGAUGUGUACAACUUUCUGGAACGGCCGAGUGGAUGGAAGUGUUUCAUUUAUCACUUUGCAGUAUUUCUAUUGGUGCUGGUUUGUUUAAUCUUUAGUGUUCUGUCCACUAUUGAAUACUAUGCAGAAUUUGCCACUGGGACUCUUUUUUGGAUGGAAAUUGUCUUGGUGGUAUUUUUUGGUGCUGAAUAUGUGGUGAGGCUCUGGUCUGCCGGUUGCAGAAGCAAAUAUGUUGGUAUUAAGGGAAGAAUACGAUUUGCUAGGAAGCCUAUAUCAAUAAUAGAUCUUAUUGUUGUUAUAGCUUCAAUUAUUGUCCUGAGUGUAGGAUCAAAUGGACAGGUGUUUGCCACAUCUGCAAUAAGGGGAAUCCGUUUUUUGCAGAUACUUCGCAUGCUUCAUGUAGACCGACAGGGUGGCACUUGGAGGCUCUUGGGAUCUGUUGUAUUCAUACAUCGUCAGGAACUAAUAACUACGCUGUAUAUUGGAUUCUUGGGAUUGAUCUUCUCAUCGUACUUCGUCUAUCUCGCUGAGAAGGAUGCAGUGGAUGAGGAGGGACAAACAGGGUUUUCCAGUUAUGCUGAUGCUCUCUGGUGGGGUGUGGUAACAGUCACUACUAUUGGCUAUGGUGAUAAAGUGCCACAGACAUGGAUUGGCAAGACAAUUGCGUCUUGCUUCUCUGUGUUUGCCAUCUCUUUCUUUGCUCUUCCAGCGGGCAUCCUGGGUUCCGGCUUUGCACUUAAGGUACAACAGAAACAACGUCAAAAACAUUUCAACAGGCAAAUACCUGCAGCAGCAUCUCUAAUUCAGACUCUGUGGAGGUGUUAUGCAGCAGAGAAGUCAUACAAUUCCACAGCUACAUGGAAGAUCUAUGUCACCACAGCUCAAAACGCAAAGAAAACAGCAGCACCAUCUAGCCCAAAUCUCAGAAAACAGAGCAGAAGAUACAAAAGGAAAGGAAAACCUGGGCGUGAUAAUGGUUCCACACCUAUAAUGAAUCCAGGGGAGACAGUGCUGCCUAUUCCACAAAUUACUUAUGACCAUAUCGGUCAGCGAGAAGAUAAGAAAGAGAUGAGUUUCUACCUUGAUGAACCUGGAGUAAAAAAGCGUUUGGAAGGGAACAGUGGUGAAAUGUCAAGGGCCAACAGUUUCACAGAAGACAUGGACCUCAUCUCUGAAGAGGCACCUUUGCCUGCUGUGUCUGAUGUGUCACAGCUAACAGAAGCACACCGAACAGCUGUCAAAGUCAUCAGGAGAAUGCAGUAUUUUGUAGCCCGGAGGAAAUUUCAGCAAGCUCGGAAGCCUUAUGAUGUGCGUGAUGUGAUUGAACAAUACUCUCAAGGGCAUCUCAAUAUGAUGGUUCGAAUAAAAGAACUCCAAAGAAGGUUGGAUCAUUCCUUGGGGAAGCCUGGCCUCUUUCUUCCAGAAAAGGGAGUAGACAAAGGAUACUAUACGGUAGGAGCCAGACUGAUCCGGCUAGAGGAUAAGGUCACACAGAUUGACCAAAAGCUGAAUGACAUCCUGAAUGCUCUUGAGGCUCAAUUUAUCAAGCAGCAAUCAGCAGACUGGACAUCAUCUUCAGCUACCCCUAGAGCUAGGCGGUUGCGGUCUUCAUCAGGCUCACCUCCGCUGAGCCGUAAGAUGUGAAAACAACUCAACAGUAUUGCACCAUCUUUCUCUUUCUUUCAUAAAUAGCUGUAGUUGGUGUUGAGAUCCAAGUUUGCAACUGAUUAAAUGGAUCCAUGAACAGAAAGAGUAAGACACAAGGCACCUUCCCACAUGCCCUUCUUUUAAACCUAGCACCUUCCUCAUCCUGUCUUCCUUCAUUUCAUCAAAUGGAACCAACAGGAUGUGGUGACGCUCAGAAGGAACAGAGGUAAGAAACUUGUUUGAGAGAGAGGCUUCACCAAGAAAUAAGAUUAGUCAACUCUGUAUGUUAGGAUGAGUUCAUUCCUACAAAAAGAGAUGUCAAGGCUUGUCUGGAAACCAUCUUCUGAUCUGGACAUUCUUCCUCUUGUUAUCCAGCUGAGGACAUUAGCACUCACUGAUGAGGGAAAUGCACUCUGUACUUGCUCAGAGGCAGUUUCAUCUGCUCAUGUGUAUUCCAGAGUUGAUCCACAACAUUGAAAACAUGCCAUAGGCAAGCCCUGGCUCAAACAAAGCCCUGGAUUGACAAGCCUUGUUUUCUAGUAGUGAGCUAACUCUGCUACAGUUUUCAAGCAAAGGAUCCUAAUCUAGUGAAUGGUUAAGACAUUACCUCAACACAAGACACCAGAUUUUUCAGAAUAUAUGUAUAAAAUGUGUUGAACCAUACACAUGCGUAAUAUGGCAUUACCCAAGGACAGUAGUAGUGUGAAUUCCGCUUUAAUUUCCCCACUACCUUUCAUAGUUUUGAGUUUUCCAGUUGGUUUUCAGUGAGAUGAAUAUACUCCUUUGUGGAAAAAUCCUGUUUUCCACAAGGUGGAGGAGUAGAAAACACCUUAAAUUUAUAUUUUCAACCUUUUGAUUAGCAAGUUAUUGACAGCCAUACUCUGUGUCACCGAGGGAAAAUGUGUAACACAUCAAGGGAACUAAAGGAAGAACCUAUGCUAUUAUUAGGAAAUAGUGUUUGCAAUGAGACAGAAACAUGUUGAAAUGAAGAGCAAUGGUGCUUUGGAUACAAAUAUUUUAAUACCUGUAAGCUGCACGAAUUCCCAUUUAUAAAGUUAAUUUUCAUUCAUAAGUGAGACUAAGGGUAUGGAAAACCUGACAUUUUCUUUCUGCCGAUGUUUCUGCCUUCCUACCAUCUGGUGUCACAUGAUUUUUGUAAAGUGGAUCCAAAUUAUUAUUCUGUUUCACAUGCAUAUUAUUUACAACUGUGCAUCUCAUUCCACAUUCAAAAGACAAUGUUGAAUUAUUAUUUUUGCAUAUUGCAUUCACACUAGUAUCCAGACUUGUGCUUCAUGUUUUUCAUUCAAAGGACAGGUCAUGGUUUCACGUUGUCUAUACAAUUGACCCUCAUGUUGCAGCCUAUUGCCCAUCAUGUUCCUCCAUUUUUAAAAAAUCAGCAGUGAAAUUCAAACCUGAGUAGAUCCAAAUUGUAGUUGUGUUGACCAUUCAAAUAUUCAAGCAGCAGUACAGAUCUGAAUCACUGUAAUGUAUUGCAAGUGCAUUAUUUAUACAUCAUAAAUCAACACAGGUCUACACCCUUGUUGUUGCACAUUCCAUGGGAAGUUGGCUUGAUUGUCACAGGCACAUUGAAGCCAUUGCUUUUCAGCAACAAUAUUUGCAAACUUAAAUUGUGGAUAUGGAGAUUUAUUUAUUUAUUGCUUUGGGGGGAGGAGGGUCCAUAGCUCAGAGAUAGAUUCCUUUUGGUCAUUUGCCCAGGUGGGCAAAGCUGAGUCUGAUCCACUCCACCCAACUCACCCACCCAUGUCUCAGUGAUACAGGCCAGGUCAACUCCCUCAUCCACAGUUAAGUUAGAGGAGCGAGGUCUUAGUAUGAACCAACCAGCUAUUUAAAUGAAGCACUACUAAAUCAUCUCUGGAAGUAUUGCUCUAUAUUGCAAUAAACAUUUUAAUUUUUUUGAAUGGACAUGAUGCAGAUGGACACUAGCUGUUAUGCAAAUAAAUGAGUUUUGUACAUAUAAAACAUUGUUGCACUUUUAAUGUAACUUUGAUUGUUUAUUGAAUACUAAAGUAUCGUCUUUUUGGAAUGUCCAUGAUCUGUACAUUG